UGUUACAACACAAACUGGCAUCAGUAUUGCUCAGUUACGAUCAGCCCUUGACAUCUGUCUGGAGCAGCUACCUCCCCUGCUAGAUUUAGGUGAUGUUUCUCAACUUAUGGAGGUACGAUGUGACCUGUCAGAUAAUCCCAGCAAUAAUAACAGGAGAAGUGACGAGGGUAGCCUUGAGUCUAGGAAAAUUGGAUGUGUGUUAUUUCAGGAAUGCCUGUGGAUGAAUGAAAUCCUCUGCAACAUCAGGCGGGACAUCCACGACCUUCAGAUGAAUUUAGUUGGUGGUCCUGGAGCUCUACCACAGAGACUGUUUUCAACAGCAUGUAGUCUUCAAGAGGAGCAAAUACCAGUCACCUGGGUUCACCCCAACUGCCAGCCUUGUACUCACUCCCUAUUGUCCUGGUUGGAAGAUUUGAAGAAAAGACAUGAACAGUUCACUACAUGGGUGCAGUGCGGACUUGUACCAAAAGUUGUUGAGGGUCAACUCAGAGACUUUAUGCUGACUUCUAGUCUCUCAAGUGUGUGGCUUGGUGGUCUGGUCUGUCCUCAAGCUGUUCUCACUGCCAUAAGACAAGAGAAGGCCACUCUGGCAGGCGUGAGCCUGUGUGAUGUGAAUUUUGAGUGUGUGGUGUUGAAGAGUGACACACAGAAUGAACUCAGUGAUUCAGGAAUCCAUGUUACUGACCUUAUGUUAGAAAAUGCCUCGUGGGAUUAUGAGACAAACAGCUUAAAAGAUUCAGAAGAUGCCGGUUACACUUGUCUGAGAGACAUUUACCUCAAGCCUGUAAUUAAAACUGGUUCAGGAAUUUUCUCUGGUGAUCAGGAUACACUGAAGCCAUGGGGUCUGGGAUAUGCUGGGGAUAGUAGUCAGAUGUUACCAGGAGUCUGUGAUCUGCCUGUGUUUAUGAACAAGAGCAGACAAGUUCAAGUUUGGUCCUUUCCAGUGAAGUGUCCCCAGCCUGAGAAAUGGAUCUUAGCACAUGCAGCUUUCAUCCUUGACUCAGAUCAGCCAUACAAAGAGUGCAAGAAGUCAAAGAAUCACCAGCUGCGGCAAAGAUUACAUCCUUCUGUGAAUUCAAAUCAAGAAGAGGAAAAAGCAGAAGAUGAAGAAGAGAGCAGAGAAGAGGAUGAUAGUAGUGAGGCAAAUAUAGAUUACAGUGAAGAAGAAUCAAGCAGGUCGUCUCACUUGUCACAAAACAUAAUGUUCCCUCAGCGGUCACCACUGCCUGAAGAAUUUAGAUUACACAGAGAAAUGCCCAUACAGAGUAAGCAAAAUGAAGAAGAGGUUAAAUGA